AUGAUUAUAGGAUCCUUUAAUAUUAGGGGUGGAGGCAAUUUGAUAAAGAGAAAGAGGAUUGCUCAAAUUGUGAAGAACGGGAAGGCAGAUUUUUUCUUGAUUCAAGAAUCAAAACUGGAAUCUGUUGAGGAGGGUAUUGUCAAAAGUUUGUGGCCUAAUGAGAAGGUGGGGUGGUCUUUUUCGGGUUCCUCUGGAGCUGCUGGAGGUCUGAUCAUCAUGUGGAAGGAAGGUGAGUGCGAGGUGCUGUUUUCUUUUAGAGGGGAGGGUUUCCUAGGGAUCAAAGCUAUUCACAAGGGAUUUCCUUUUUUCAUUGUGAAUGUUUAUUCUCCCUGUUCUCUUCAAUCCAAAAGGAAAUUGUGGAAGGAUCUGUUACAAUGUAAAUCUGAUUUUUCUGAUGGGGAGUGGUGCAUAGCUGGGGAUUUUAAUGUUGUGGUGAGUAAGAGGGAGAGAUGUGGGACAGGUUCUAGAAGUAGGAUGUCGGAGAUGAAGGAUUUCGCUGAGUUCAUUCGUAGUUCCAAUCUUAUCGACGUGCAAUGCAAAGGGAAGAGGUUCAGUUGGUUCGGUGGAGAUGGGCGUUCCAUGAGUAGAUUAGAUAGAGUUAACGAUUGCUGGUUCGAGGACUCUUCUUUUUUGCCGUUUGUGGAAAAGGUGUGGAGGAGCAUUAAGGUCGAGGGCAGGAGCGAUUAUAUUUUGAAAGAAAAGUUGAGAAUCUUGAAAUCAAGUCUUCGGAUGUGGAAUGAGGAGCAGUUUGGUAAAUUUGAUCUGGGGAUCAGGGAGGAUAUUCAGAAGAUUAACUUAGCUGACACUCUGCUCAUAUCUUGUCAAGAGGACAUGGUUAAGGAGGUGGUGGUUGAGAGAAGCGUAGCGACGAGUGAGUUAUGGAAGAAGAUGUAUGUCAAAGAGAAUCUGCUGAGGCAAAAAAGCAGGCUGAAGUGGGACAAUUUUGGUGACUCAAACAGCAAGUACUUCCAUAGUUGUUUGAAGGAGAGGUCACUAAGAAAUAAUCUUAGUUCUAUAUUAGUGGAGAAUCGUCUGCUGGUUUCUGUCGAGGACGUGAAGGAGGAAGCUAGAAGAUUUUUUUCUCAGCUCUAUUCAGAAACUGAUGUUGAAGGAUAG